CUCCACAUUCGAGUCGGAAAAGUCAAGGUGAAUUGUGCGCCAAACUGCAGCUGAGAUUGUGGAUUCCACCACCCGCUGGCAAAUCAACCCCUUGGAUACUUUUUGAAAGGAAAACAGGUCGUCGGUUCAACGAACCUCCUUCCGCCAGAUACACAAAGAAGUUAAGCAAAGAAAAGUAAAAUGCCAGAUAUUCCCUUUGUCUUGAAUUUGGACUCCCCGGACUCCAUGUACUACGGCCACGAUAUGUUCCCGAAUCGCAUGUACAGGCGAUUGCAUUCGCGGCAGCAUCAUGAUCUUGAUUUGCACACCCUGGGUCUGAUUGCCCGGAUGGGUGCACAUGCCCAUCACCUGGUGGCCAAUAAAAGGAACGGAGAGCUGGCUGCAUUGAGCCGCGGUGGAGCCUCAAAUAAGCAGGGCAAUUUCGAGGUCCAUCUGGAUGUGGGACUCUUUCAGCCAGGUGAACUGACCGUCAAACUGGUCAACGAGUGCAUUGUGGUCGAGGGAAAACACGAGGAGCGCGAGGACGAUCAUGGACAUGUAUCCCGGCAUUUUGUUCGCCGCUAUCCGCUGCCCAAGGAGUUCGAUUCGGAUGCCAUUGUUUCCACUUUGUCGGAGGAUGGAGUUCUCAAUAUCACGGUUCCACCAUUAGUUUCCAAGGAGGAGCUCAAGGAGCGCAUCAUACCCAUUAAGCAUGUGGGUCCAUCGGAUCUCUUCCAGAAUGGAAACGGUCAUAAGGAGGCCGGUCCGGCAGCUUCUGCUUCAGAGCCAGAAGCCAAGUGAAGAGCCCCCUCCUAAAGAUUGCAGCCUAAGCAGCCAAGUGAUUUCCCAAGACUCUCGUUUAUCGUUGCACCAAAAAAAAAGUCAAGAAAAUAUCGCACAAAUCGUAUUAUAUUUAUUAAUUUAUUAUUAGCUACAUUUUAAACAGUCCAAUCAAAUUUUAAGACUAAUCGAAAUCCAGUAUUAAUAAAGGAAUAUGAAUGUCUCAGU